UAAAUAAAUACAUAAUAUAAAUAAUAAUAUUGUGAUAAUUUAACCAAGGAAGAAAUAUCCAUUAUCGUUGGAUGAAAUAUCUGAAAUAGUUAUGUAUGUUUUUUAAAAAUGAAGUUUUGUUUAUAUGAAUUGUAGUAAUACACUAGCAUAGUGUUUUCUCUAUGGCACUUAUAAUACUUUUAUAUUGUGCUAAUCUGUAACCAAUGACAAGCAUUAAAAUUUACUAAAAAAUAUUUGAUUUCCAUUGGCUGAGUCACCGCUAAGCCACUUAUGUAUAUUUUAUUAUUCAAUAAAUUUGGUGAGGAUAAUAUAGGAAUUUAAUUUGAUUCCACAUAAUUUAAAGCCCUCGACUGUAUUAUUGUAAUAAGUUACUUAUUACUGUAAUUGUUUAUAUUAUCAUUAUUCAUUACUACAACCAAUUCAAGCACAUAAUAAUCUAUAUAUUUUUAAUAUAAAAAUAUUUUCCAUAUAUAUAUUUUCAAUAGGAAUUUAGGUACUCGUUUUGUUUGCUUUCUAAAAAUCUGUUACAAGAUUUAAGAUUAGUUUUAAGGGAGGCACAGGGGGACUCAGUCUCCUUUAAAAAUGUAAAAUUAUUUGUGAUAUAAAUUUUACAUAGAAUAAAUUACAAAUUUGAAUAUUCAGGGUUAAAAGUGGGAUGAGUAUUACUACUCACAAAUACUGACUACUUUCACAUACACUGUUUAAAUACAUUGCUCAUACAUUAGACAUUAUACAUACAAUUAUGUAUGGAAGGCUUAAAGAUAUAUGAAGACAUAAGUUCCAGUGCCACCACUAAAUUUUGUGGAGCCUUGAUGCAAAAAUCGUUAUGCCUCUGCUACUGUGAUAUGUUCGGGAAGUUGUAAGUCCAAAAAUGUCCAAGAUUUCACCUGAACUAUGUGUGCCACAAAAUAUAAUUCUAAAUAAAUACAUCAAACAAGAACAUAUUGAUGCUAAUGAUUGUCAAACAACUUAUCAAUGUGACACACAAAAUUCUACAUUUACAAUAAAGAAUCUAGAAGGCGACAUAAAAACUGAAGUAGAUGUAAUUGGCGAUAAUAUAUUUGAAAGUUAUGUAAAGUUAGAAUAUAUUGAUGUGUCAUCAAUUACGUCUAAGACAAUUGACAAGUUACACAUUGAAAACAAUCCUAAAAAUUCCAAUACUAACACUAAAGCAUUAACUACAACUAAAUGCAAAUUGAUAUCGUUAAAAAAAAAUGAGGAAAAAACAUACAAAUGCAAUACUUGUAAUAAAUUAUUUUUUCGGCGAGUAAACAUCGUAAGACACUUAAAUAUUCAUUCAAGUGAAAAACCAUAUAAAUGUGAUUUUUGUAGCAAAUCAUAUUUAAAGCAAGUAUACCUCAAUAAACACCGUAAGACUCAUUUAGAUGAAAACAAAUAUAAAUGUGAUAUUUGUGGAAAAUUAUUGAAAAAAAGAUCCUUGCAAAAACAUGUGAAGCUUCAUAAGAAAAAUAAAGUAUACAAAUGUGCUAUUUGUAAUAAAAUGUUUUCUCUUGCAUCAACAUUUAAUAGGCAUAGAAUGAUUCAUGAACCCGGCUAUGAUAAAUUAAAACCAUACAGAUGUCAUAUUUGUUUUAAAUCUUUUGCUCAAUUAUCAUAUUUAUGUAAACACAAAAUUAUACAUAGAACUCAUAAACCAUUUAUUUGUGCUAUAUGUAAUAAAUCAUUUUUUCAGAAACAUAGUAUCAAAAAACACAUUAGGAUUCAUACAGGAGAAAAACCUUACAAAUGCUUAAUUUGUAAGAAAUCAUUUUCUGAUGUAUCAAAUUUAAACAGACAUAAAGUGAUUCAUAAACCCGAUGAUCCAUUAAAUCCAAAUGCUAAAAAACCAUAUAAAUGUAACGUUUGUAAUAAAUCAUUUUCACAGAGACAUGAACUCAAAAAACAUGAAAGGAUUCAUACCGGUGAAAUGCCUUUUAAAUGCAAUGUUUGUAAAAAAUCAUGUUUACGUAAACAAGACAUGGAAAGACAUGUUAGAAUUCAUACGGGAGAAAAACCAUAUAAAUGUUUACUUUGUGAUAGAUCAUUUUCUCAUAAAUCAAAUUUAAAAAAACACAAUAAUAUUCAUAGAUGGCAAUGUGAUAUUUGUAAAAAAUCGUUUUUGAGGAAAUGGAACUUAAAAUGUCACAUUCAGAAUCAUAUGAGAGAAAACUAAUUUAAUUGCAUUAUCAGUAAUAAAUAUUUUCCGAAAGAAUUGUUGUUUAAAUAAACACAACAAUGUUCGUAAACAAUUUAUUUGUUCUAUCUGUAAUAAAUGAUUUUCUCAGAAAAAAACUAAAAAAAAUUCACCCGAAAAAUCAUAAAAUAUAGUUUAAUAGAUAAAAAAAGAGAGCAGAACCUAUGGAUGUCAAAAUUAUCUAUUCUUUCAUUAAAUUUAAUAUUUUAUUAUUUAUGUACCUGAUAUUAAAUAUAGCUUAUACAAAUUAGAAAGUUAAAUUUUUUUUAUACAAUAUACAUAUUAUUUAAGUUAUAAAAUUAACAUAGUUUACUCGACUAAUUUUACAAAUUGUUUUAUUUUGAUGAAAUAUGUGUAAUCAAUUAUUAAUGUUUUGUGACAAAACAUGAAUAAUCUAAGACCGUGCCAUACUUUAUUCACAAUGCAGAUUUCAUCUACAUCACUAACUUAUCAUAAUAUAAUUUAUUAUAAUUAUUGAUUUUUGUUAACUCUUUAUGGCUUUUAUUAUUUUAUUUAUGGGUCUAAUUAUUAUGAUCAAUGAUAUUAAGAGAUAACAAUUGCUUCUUUUAGUAUAGAAUCAUAUUUUCCAGGAAAAAUUUCAAAUAUAGUAGAAGCAAUAAUAGAUAGGGCAGAAAUAAAUAUGAAGAUUUAAUUAAUCUGUACUUUACUUUAUAUGUUUUCAUUAUUAUGUAAUAUAACUCAAUAUACAUUUUAUUAUGCAUAUUAAGAAUUUACUAGAUAAGCUUAGUUUAUAAUUUUGGCUUAAGAGGACG